AUGUGGAAGGGCGCUUUAAGGAAGAGAUUCCCUGGGUUUUCCGCCUUUCACGUUGGCAAAUUUACCUAUCCUAAGUUAUCUUUGUGGCGUGCGCUCUGUGGUUUUGAUCAUAACGAUUCGUCUUCAAUGGCCGCUGGAGCUGCCGAACAGCAUGACUUCCCCAAAGAGGAGGAAAAUAUAUUGAAACUUUGGGAGAAGUUGGAUGCCUUUCAGUCGUGCUUGCGCCAAUCAAAGGACAGACCAAGGUACGGAGUAGAGAAAGUUUAUUUCCGUUAAAGGACCGUAACCUUUUCAUGAAAAUGUGCAGCUGUUUUUUAUGACAAUAAAGAUUCUCCGGUCUUGCUCUACGAUUUUUUCCCCCUACCCCCCCUCCAGUACCCAUUAAUUUGAGUUUCUCAAAUGGUGGAAAAGUUUCCAAUUUUUGUGUAAUGAUUGUGCGUGAGUAAGUGCUACUCAAAGAGAUUUCUUUCUGCAGAAAAUUCAGCUAGGUUUGAUAGUUUCAGCUUUGCACAUGUGUGGUCUUGUAGGAAAACAAUUGUAUUUUUUUUGACAUGAUUCUAGCAGAAUAGGAUUCUCCCCCCUUGUUUGAACCUCAGACAGUUUUGAAAUAAUUUUAGUACGUAUGCAGAGGUACUCUUCACAAAUGAAGGAUCUCAAUAGCUUGAACUCCAGUUUUCUCCAAGCUCUAGAACUCAUAGGACAAAACCUGGUCUCCCUUUCCCUUUCAACCCUUUCACUCCCCGAAACGAUUAACAUGUAACUUCUCCCUUUAAUGUCCAUACACUGUCCAGCAAACAGGUAACGAGAAUGCUCAAUUUUCUUAUCUUUUCCCUAGAAGGUAGGAAACAAAGUAAAUCCACUUAAUUAUCAAAAAGUUUUCAAAGUUGUUGAUGUUUUUUUUAUCCAGGUACAGUUUCUAUGAUGGUCCCCCUUUUGCCACAGGCUUACCUCAUUAUGGACACAUCCUAGCUGGUACUAUAAAGGUAAAGUACUUGGCAACACCUUUCAUUAAGGGACUGUAGAAUAAUUAUGGAUACAUGGUCUUAAGAUUUAAUGGUGUAUUUGUAAUUUAAUCUCAGGAGUUUAACACUGUUAGUCUGAUAAUAUCAACUCAUUGCUAUUACUAAGAAUCAUAGAAUUAUAAGAAAGACAUGUGACACUGACCUAUAAUUUUUAGAGAUGUGUGUGCUCUGUUUUUUUCAAGAAUUCACUUAAAUAGAAUCUUACAUUCAAUUUUUUAUUCCACUUUAUUUCAUCUGAGGUUACAAACUUUGGUAGGAUCAGAGAUAAGUAUCUUUCAGGAAACCAGACAUGAAAUUUUUUAUUUGAGAGGAAAUUAAUAAUUUCUCGAGUGUAGACAUAGGACAUUGAUAAGAUGUGAGGUUAGUUUUCUGGUGGUAACCAGCCUUUAAAUUCAUGUUACAGUACUCAAUUGUCAGUCACAUUCAUUUAGCAAACAGCUGACUGCAUGUUUCGACCAAGGUGGAAAAUGCCAAAGGCAAUAUCGUACCCUGAUGUUAAGUAAGAUGUAAGCUCUUUUUUUGUUAGUGCUAGUGUUACUGUUGCUAAUUUGAGUUACUAUAUUGACAGGACAUAGUCACAAGAUAUGCUCAUCAGUCUGGUUAUCAUGUUGAGAGACGUUUUGGAUGGGACUGUCAUGGUCUUCCAGUGGUGAGAACUUUAAGUUUUCAUGUCUACCUUCAGAAUACAGGUAGACAUUGAUAAAGUUUGAGAUUUUUGGUGCUGGGAAUUGGUACCUUGUGUAAAAAGGAAAUUACAAAGAAAAGUGUCAGUAUAUUGCAAGUAUGAAUUUUUUAAGCCUUUUGUUCUUUUUCUUUUGCAAAGUUCAAUAAUUAGUUACCAAAUACUUACAAUCAAGUUUCACAUCUGAAGAGGAAUUUGUCUUGUUUAUGAGAUUAUUCCUUGUCUUGUAGGAGUAUGAAAUAGACCAGAAGUUGGGUAUCAAGGUAAGAAUAGAUAUACCUCUUUGGUUAAGUAUAUCCAUUGCUGUAGAAUCAUUAACCACAUUAAUCAUUAAGGUGAUUCAUAAUGUGGGUAAAUAACAAUUAGUUUUUAAAUUUUGGAUACAAUUCAUCAUGGAUUAUCAUAAGUGAUUCUUGCAGAAAUAGUCUAUGACUAUGUCUGCAGUUUAUAUGUGCUGAAGUGCUUGGAAAUAGAUGAAUUUUUGGAUUUAAAUUUGUUCCUUUUUCUAGAGUCCAGAUGAUGUGACAAAAAUGGGAAUAGCUAAUUAUAACAAAGAGUGUCGCCAAAUUGUGAUGCGUUACUCCAAUGAAUGGGAGGUAAGUACAACAGACUUAGAUCUUCCUGCAGUUAUUGUUUUUUGUUGUGAAUAUGUUUGUCAAAAUUAUAAAGCCAAUCUUUUGUUGGCUGAUAAUAUUUGAAAAGGAGUGGCUUCUUGCUAAUAUUACUAUUUUACCAGUGCUUUUGAAGAUGUGUAAAUUUUGAUGGUCAAUGGAGUGAAUGAAUGAAAACAUUGUUGUCUAAUAACUGUGUGGUUGUUCAGUUCAUAGUCAAGAGAAUGGGACGAUGGAUUGAUUUUGACAAUGACUAUAAGACACUUUAUCCAUGGUUUAUGGAGUCUGUUUGGUAUGUGUAAUUUCAUGUAUUAAACAGUUAUGUGUCCUCAAUAUAGAAAUUAUUGGUUUUUCCAGUUGCAUUUGUUUAUUAACUAAUGAAAACGAAAACAUUAAUUAACUUUCAUUUUAACUGCUCUUGGUGUAAUAUAUUAUCACCAAAAAAGUUGCAAGACUUAACAUGAACUAUUUGGUUAUGUUCAUCAUCAUAUGAUGUAGUUUUGAACUGAUCUAUGUUAGCCUUUUCAAUAUCAGAUAUAGAGAAGCUGUCACACUGGUCUGGGGGAUUUCAUUAAAAUAAUAUACUUGUUGUUAAGAGUAUACCCAACCAGAGGAAAAAUAAUGUUAAUACGUUGUACAGUCAUAUUUCUUCAUGUACAAUUUGCACAAUGUGGGUGUGCAUUAUUACUGUUCAGUUUUAAUAAAUGUUAGGGUUUUUUUUUUAAUAGGUGGACAUUUAAACAGAUUUAUGAAAAAGACUUGGUCUAUAGAGGAUUCAAGGUGUUGUAUCAUAUGUCUUUAUAGCUCUGCUUUUGAUAGAAAUUAUUUUUAGAGAAAAUUAUAUUAAAGGGAAGAGAAGACCAUUUUUUAAUAAACAAAUAGUUGAAUAAUCAGAUAAUUUGACAUCAGUUGAAAAUUCUAAGGCUUAAAUUCUUUUGUCCUAAAACUGAUUGUUGAUUAAUAUUCUACUUAUUAUCCUCUAGGUUAUGCCAUAUUCCACAAGAUGUAACACUCCAUUGUCAAACUUUGAAGCAAAUCAAAACUACAAGGAAACUAUGGAUCCAUCUGGUUAGAAUCCCUUCAAAGUUUUGUAAAUUUGGUUAUGAUUGUAAUUUUGUUUGUGGGUUUUGAUUGAGAGUCUUGGAGAAGUCCUUGAAAUUUGUUUGGGUUACAAACCCUGUGUUAGGUUUUAAUUUUGCAGUGCCUUGAUUUGUAUGAUGAAGUUUACUUGGAGCUGCAUGCCUCCUUAUAUUUCACAACUUAUUCUGGACUAAUCUUUGUGCUAAAUUUAACUUUGAGUUGAACAGAAUAAUUAGAAUCCUUAAACUACUUUGUUACCCUUAAAGAUAAACACUCUUCAGUCCAAACAAAUCUGUCAGAGGUUUGCUAAAUUGAAUUUAAUUGCAAUUGACAUGUACACACACCACUCAAAAGGGUAAUUACAGUUUAUGGGUUUCAAUUAGAGCAAAUAAAAACGAGAUGAACUAAUGAACAUUGGUUUGUCUUUGUGUCAAGUGAUCGUGGACUUCCCUUUGGAUGACGAUGCUAAUGUCAGUAUGAUUGCUUGGACAACAACCCCAUGGACACUUCCUAGUAACCUUGCUCUUGUCGUAAACCCUGACAUGGACUAUGUGAAAGUCACAGGUACUGUGAAUGUGUGUACAGUUUGUUCAUUAAUGCAGCACAGAGGGCAAAGUAAGACCUUUACACUGAAGUGAGCAAUAGUUGUAUUUUUUUGUUGCAGUAAUGUUUUACUUGCUUUCUAUUCUUUCUUUCUGCAGACAACACCACAAACAGAGUUUAUAUCAUGAUGGAAGCUAGGCUUGAAGCGCUUUUCAAAAAGCCAGAGGAGUACACAGUUUUAGAAAGGUUUUUAAUUCUUUCUGUUUGAACAUGUAAUAGUGACAUAGUGUUAAAUAUGUAUGUGAUUGAAGUAUAAUAUCAACUUUUAAAAUAUAUUAUAAAACUUUGUUUGCAAAAUUGUGAUAUGUAAAGAAAAUGUUCACACUGGGGAUGCCCUCAUGAAAAAUUAUUUAGAAAAUAUAGUUCGACUCUCUUGGCUCCAGAGACUGUAGAGAACUGACGUAAAGAAAUUUUUAAGAGAAUGACUGACACUAAAUGUUUCUCUUUUUAGGACACUAUAGAUUUUAUAUUUAAUUAAUUGAUAUCUUGCAAGUAAUUUUUUUGUCUUUUUGAAUAGAUUUAAAGGAUCUAGCCUGGAGGGAAAGACUUACAAACCUCUUUUUACAUAUUUUCAAGAUGUAAGCAAAUUGUGUUGAUUUAUUCCUCACUUUCCCAAUCUUUACAGUCUUCUUUUUUUUUUUUUUUUUUUUUACCAUAUUACAGCAGUCCAUCAACCCUCAGCCUUAACCUUUUUCUGAAACUGUUAAAAAAAAGUCAGUAGUAGUUCACUUUUGGAUUUAAUGAAUUUAAUUUUCUGUGUACUAGUCAAGUUUGAUAGCUUCCUACCUAUCAUGUCUGUAAAGUGGUACCCAUGUUGUGGUAUGUUGUGGUUAGUCUCUGCUUAUCAAACUGUGUUUGAGUAAUUUUGAGUACCCAAUGGCAGCAAUGACUAGUUAUUAAAACUACGUGAUAUUAUGCUGCAUGAACAUUAUUUUGCUAGUUUGAAAAUACUGUAACAUGCUGCAAUAACAUAUAAGUGUGACUUUGCAGCAUCUUUUCAGAGCCAGUUAUUUCAUUAUUACACACAUAUGAAAAGUACUAGCCAUGUUUACAUUGGUUUAAUUUCCUUUAUUUAUUCUAACCAUUAUUUUUCAGCUCAAGGCUAGUGGAGCUUUCAGGGUGUUAGCAGAUGGCUAUGUAACAGGUGAAAGUGGAACUGGAGUGGUCCAUUCUGCACCAGCCUUUGGCGAGGUUUGCUCUAUUAUAAUGAUCAUUUGAUGGUAAAUUCUAUAAUUUGAAUGUUUCAUUGGGUACUAUGUAUAGUAUGACAUUUUAAGUGUAGCUAUGCCUUUUUUUUGGUCUUGUUCAUUUAUCUUUAUGUAACAGUCUGUGGCAUUAAACAUAAUGCUUUCUGCAAAAAGAGAGUGAAUGUUAGAAAGCUAACCAACAAAAGACCAUUUUAGCUGUGAGGUUUCACCUUCUCACCAAACCUGUUUUAUUUCAGGAUGAUUACAGAGUCUGUUUGGCAAGUGGAAUUGUAAAAAAGGGUGGAAAACUUCCUUGUCCUGUAGAUGCAAGUGGAAAAUUCACCAGUGAAGUGUCUGACUUUCAAGGGCAACAUGUCAAGGUACACAUACAAUACACAGAAAUGGAUGACAAAUUUUGGCAGAGUGCAUGUAGGUGUACUCCACCAUGAGUAUACCUACAGGGGCUUUUAAAGCAAAACAUUGUUUGUAGGUCAGGCUUGGAUAUGUUUUGGUUCCAGUUUUUUCAAACUCUCUUUUUCAUGUAAUCAUAUACUGAAUAUAAGGCAAAGAAAAAUAAAAACAAGUUUGAAAAUUGUUAAUCCAAGGAGAAAUCUUUUAAUGAAAUGUCACCAAAAAAUAUCUGUCAUGUCCAUUUUAUCUAAAGAUGUGUCAUUUUGUGGUGAAAAAUGCUUUAUCACUAAGAGUUAAAAUGUUGACCAUGUAACAUAAACAUGUUGUGGCAGGAUGCUGAUAAGGUCAUCAUGAAGUGGCUCAAGCAGCAGCAGAGACUGGUUCACCAAAGUACUCAUAAACAUAGCUAUCCAUUCUGCUGGAGGUAAGAAGGAUUCCAUAACACAGAGACGUGCACAAGAUUUACAUCAUGUAAUGCUAGUAUAACUGAGGAGUCAAACAAUCAUAAGAAACAUGUUCUUGAAUUACAAGUUGGUAGACCACCAAAGCAUUUUUGGUCCAAGGUUUGAAGGUAUAUAGGUUGUUUAUUUGCAUUGUAAGAACAACAAAGGUUUUUUCUGAUUAUGGCAUGCAUUAGGUCUGAUACACCGUUGAUUUACAAGGCUGUUCCUGGCUGGUUUAUCCAAGUUGAAUCUCUUGUUGACAAGCUUUUGGCCAAUAACAAACAGUCCUAUUGGUAAGCAGUACAAAUCAAUACUGAAACAAAAAGUUAGGAGAAAACAAGCUACAAACAUGAUCCAUGUUGUGGGUCAAACUUUGUUGGUUUUCCAAUUCCUCUUCCAUUGUAUGAUUAUCAUAAUGAAUGAAAGAAACUGUGAUGGAAUAAUUUAAAAACAAAGAAGUAAUAACAUGUAAUAGUAAUGUGCAUUUCAACAGAAUGCAUUUUCAACAGAUAAGCUGCACAGAACCACAACCACAAGUAUACUUAAGUCAAGUGUUUAAAAGAGAAGCACUUAUCAACAUUAAAUGAAGAUGUCAAUUAGUGAAUUGCAAAUAAAUGUAAUAGUUGUUUGAACAGUGGCUUGUGCCAUUUUACACCCACAUACAAUUUAUUGUCUUUUUGAUAAGGGUCCCAGAAUUUGUACAAGAAAAACGUUUCCACAAUUGGCUUGAAAAUGCCCAUGACUGGAAUAUAUCUAGAAACCGUUACUGGGGCACACCAAUUCCUCUGUGGGUCAGUGAUGAUUAUCAAGAGGUAUGUCAAAACCCUUGGUUUUUCCUCUUAAGGUGAUGAUAUGAACCUUGUAUAGAGCACAACCAGUUGUUGAGCCAGAGGAGCUGAAACUUUCAUCAGGUGUUCAAACAUCUUCUUUUCUCUUCCUUUUGGUCACUCAUAUGAAUAUUUUCUCCUUUUACAACCAGUUAAUAUGUUAUUUAGACAGUCACAAUAUGUGAGAACUGUAUGUCUUCAGCAACAUAAUGGACAAGGCCACAGCUGCUUGCACCAAUUUUUUAGUUAUUGCCUCCCUUUUCUCAAUAAUUGAUAGAAUUAUCUUAUUAGAGGUGAUGGAUUACAUUUUUUUGAAUUUCAUACAACAGGUUGUUUGUGUUGGAUCCAUCGAUGAACUGGAGCAGUUGUCUGGUGUCAGAGUCAGUGAUCUUCACAGAGAAAGGUAUAACUUCUUGCUUUAAUUGCAAUAGACAUUUAUAAAAUUUGAAUCAUGCUAUAGAAUAUAUAGCUGUAGAAUAAUUGAAUAAAACUCACACAUUUUCUUUUUUAUCUCUCUUUUUAUUUUCUAAAUUUAACUUAAAAAUUCUUUGCCAGUGUGGAUGACAUUACAAUCCCGUCUAAAACAAAUAGAGGAGUUCUUAGAAGAGUCCCAGAAGUGUUUGACUGCUGGUUUGAAAGUGGAAGGUAACUCAUACAUGUAUAUUUGUAAGUCAGCCACUGUGAUGAAUUUUAGAGCAAUUAUUUUUUGGCAAUUUUUGUCAUGGUCCAAUGCUAUAUAAGGAAGUCUGGUUUUGCAGUAAUGUUGGCCAAAUGAAAAAUCAAUUAUUUUUAAAUAAGUAGCUACGUACAGCAAUGAAACCUCUCAUCAAACUUCAUUAAACAAAAUUUAUGUGUGAACUGUACUCAUCAUGCAGCUUUUAUUUUUUUCAGUAUGCCCUAUGCACAAGUCCAUUAUCCAUUUGAAAAUAAAGAAGCAUUUGAAGCAUCAUUCCCAGCUGAUUUCAUUGCUGAAGGAAUUGACCAGACAAGAGGAUGGUAAGUGGCUUUUCCAUUGUUUUAUUUCAACUUUUCUUACAGUAUCUAUGCACUUUAUUUUAAUUAUUGAUUUAAUGUUUCCCUUUACAGGUUUUAUACUCUUCUGGUGAUUUCAACAGCAUUGUUUAAUAAACCCCCCUUCAAGAAUCUCAUUGUUAAUGGACUGGUUCUUGCUGCGUAAGCUUUUUAGCUGCUCUGUAGUUCUAAUUGCUUUGCUCAAGAAUUUGGAUUUUUGGUGAUUUUCUUCUUCAUAUUUAUUUGCCCCAGUCCUGAGUUUUAAUUCUACAAACACUUGUCUGUAGAGAUGGAGCCAAGAUGAGCAAGAGAAAGAAGAACUAUCCUGAUCCAAUGGAGAUUGUGAACAAAUAUGGAGCAGAUGCUCUCAGGUUUGUGACUGACAUUAACAAAUAAAACGCUGUGAAUUUAGUGAUAAACUCUCCUUUGCGCAGCUGUUAUCAGUGAUAACAUUGAAACUGGGAUGAACAUUUGUGGGUUUUGGCCAAUUGUGUGCCAGGUUACACUGAAAUAUAAGGGGAUUUUGAAUUCUGCCUGGCAGUAAGUGGACCUUCAUUAAGAAUCACCAUAUCAUCAACUAUGUAGGAUCGGACCUUUUUUUUCUCAAGAGCACCUUUUUACAGAUUGGUUUUAUUGGUCUUUGUAACUGUACAAUUCUGUAGCUAUGUACUAAUUACCCAGAUUAUUUCAGUGGCAAUUGAAGCUUGUGUAAUUUGAAAUUUUUUAUUUUAGAUUGUAUCUCAUCAAUUCACCAGUGGUAAGAGCAGAAACUCUCAAGUUCCAGGAGAAAGGAGUGAAGGAUGUCAUUAAAGAUGUGUUCCUUCCAUGGUAUAAUGCUCACCGAUUUCUGUUGCAGAAUAUUCAGCAAAUGGAAAGGGUUAGGCAACAUUUUGUUGCUUCAAAUUUAUUCAAAGGCCUUGAAAAUUGCUUUGAAGGUUUAUCUUAUCUGUAAAUGAAAUUUUGUUGUUGUUGUUGUUGUUGAUGAUGAUGAUGAUGUCAGUGCUGCAGUCACAGUACAGUUGAUUACAAAGAGGUUAUUGUAGCUGAAAUAUUUUACAAUUAUUCACUGAAAGGGAGGUGAAUUGUGGUGGAUAUUUACCUUGCCACUUCACAGCUCCAUAAAGAUCCACCAUUAUUCGCUGACCCUGAGGUGUAUAAUUGUUUUAAUAUAUACUACACAGAUACAAAGAAUUUAGUUUAUUUCUUUCAAUACACAGAAAAAUGGGAGGGAAUUGAUCUCUUGACAUGCAAUUUUGUCUCACAAUCUAGUACUUACUGUUCACUUCUGAACUAGCCAAUCAGCACACACUAAAAGUACUAUUCACCUGUGUAGUAUCUACUGACAUAUUAUGUUUGGUUGUACCUUUUAUUUUUUAACAUUUAAAUCUUUGGUUGAAAUAACAGCAUAUGAUUGUUGUAAUCAAAGGUACCAACACUAUAAAUUUUUUUGAAAUUUUACCACAACAAGUUAUUGAUAAUUGAGAAACGUUUUUGAUCAACUUUCCUAACAGCAACAAAGUUUACUGUAUUUUCAGGUAAAAGACAGCUAAUAAUAAUGAAAUGAUAAUUUUGUAUUUCUGAAAUAGGAUGGAAAAAAGUUUGUUCAUGAUGAAGAGGUUCUGAUGAAUUUGGGAAACACACUUGAUCGCUGGAUCAUUUCCUUUACUCAAAGUUUGGUGUUGUUUGUCCACCAAGAAAUGGCAGGUAAGUCACUCUUUACUCUAGGGGCUAAAAACAGCUGGCUGAUUGAGAUGAUGUUGUUAGAUAUAUACUCAAGAAACAGAUUGAGGUCCAUCUUAGUUUGACUGCAGUGCACUGUUUAGUUCCCUAAAAAUAAAGCCACCUUCAUUGUUUUGAUAGUUGCAUCAAUCUUGACUAGAGUAUGUGCACAACGUAGAACUGUGUUGCAAAGAAACCACUUUUAAUAAUUUUAGUACAUGUCUAACUUUUGCGUCUGGCUUUGGAGGACAAACUCUUUUUGACAUCCCUAAACUACUCUAUGUAAGGGUGUUAAGCCAGUAGACUGAUUGAAAGUAUGAAUUAUCACAUAAGUAUCAAUUACCGGCAUGUGGUUGUGUUUAUGAUGGCUCAAUGCAGUAAGGAGUCCUUGGCCAGCCUUGAAAAAUAUGUUGAUCGUAGUAAAAUGACUUACUGAAAGUGACUAUGCACCACUUUUUUUUGUAGCCUAUCGACUGUACACUGUUGUUCCUCGGCUGGUCAAGUUCAUUGACUAUCUGACCAAUGUGUAUGUGCGAAUGAACAGGAAGAGACUCAGGGUAAGGGAUUAAUGAACUGUGAAGGGUCAAGGCGUAACUCUUUGGUAAAACACGACUUCCUUCGUGAGAUAUCUUUUGCUGUGACAGUUUAUUGUGCCACGUACCUCUACAUUACUUACUUUUUUUUUUCUGAAAUGGCUAACCACAAUGUCAACAUCAAGGCAGAAGUAAGCCUUAAGUAAAAGGAACAUUUCGAAAAUUUUAAAAAUUACAUUUUUAAUUUGCAUCAAAACUUAUUUUAUGGUUUUUCAUGUUGUUUAUGUGGAAUUGAUUUGAUUAAAAAACACCUUACAGUAAUUAUGAAGGAACACAAAAACUUCACCUUUUUUCAAUAUUUGCCGAAGAUUCAAUUGAUACAUUGGAUAUUUUUUACGGUGUAGGGGGAGUAUGGGGACAAGGAUCGUUACGAGUCACUUCAGACGCUGUUCAGUGUUGUAUUUACCAUCACAAGGUUAAUGGUAUGUUCGGAUAUGUUGAUUUUGAACAAUCAGAUACUAAACUCACACCUGUAAUUAACUCUAAGUCAGGAAUGAUAGUAAGCACGCAUCGCUACAGUGGUAGGCAAGUUAUGUAUUCUGUGAGAACACGAGUCCCGGCGGAGUUAGUUGCUUACUAAAAAGAUCCAUUAUGAUCUCGAAUUCAAUUUAAACACGGCAGUGUGUCGGUCUUACGAGUGAAUUCGUGUUCUCUUGUUUCCAGGCGUCAUUCACUCCAUUUCUUACAGAGUUCAAUUAUCAGUCUUUGCGGCCUUUCAUACCAGAAAGUAUGAAAAUCGGAGAAACAGAGAGUAUCCAUUAUUUGAUGAUCCCUAAGGCCAGGUGGGUACAUUUACUGUCUUAUUACUCUUUGUGAGCUAGUUUUAAUCUUAAUACACGGUUAAGAAAAAAAUUUGACCUCGUUAUAAUUGUUUUUUACUAAAAUAAGUUUUCACUGACGUCCUAGAGGACAUUAAUUUUUUCAUGGAUUGAGCAUAUAUUAAGAAAUGUCAAGUUUGUGAUGAGGGAAAAAUGUUAAACAGACAUCAGAAUUUGUGAGCAAACUGAAGCUGUGCUUGCAGCUGGUUCUGGCUGUGAGCAGUGCUCCACUGACCCAUUUCUGCCCUUGAAUUUACGGAACGUGUGGCUGCAAUUAGUUCAAUCUUUAUUUCUCAACUGCCCCUGUGCUUUGGUUUUUAUUUGCAUAGCACGUUUUUUUAAUUCCACAACUCAUCAUUAUUACCUUAACAAAAUAUUUUAUCUGAAGGGAAAAUCUAAUUGACAAAGAGAUUGAGAGAAGAGUAGCCCUGAUGCUAACAGUGAUUGAACUUGGCCGAGUCGUUAGAGAGAGAAAAACUCUUCCGUUGAAGGUAAGAAUCCCUCUCAGCGAUAAAUUUCUCAUGUGAAGUAAGUUUUAAGAGUUGUGAUAUUUCAGAGAUUUUGCGGUUUGAUAAAGAUGGUAAUAGGUAUAUGAAACUAUUCUUUGGUUAAUACCGUCAGUAGAUUAACAAAUUAAGCUUGUCUGCGGUGAAAAUUAUUUUAAUGUAGGUUUUAUCAGAAUGGAUUCGUAUCAUAAUAAAAUAUUUGUCAUUUUCGGUGAUGAUUUCAACUCAGAGGCUCGUUAGAGAGACCAAAUCAUUGAGGUAAUUAUACCUUGAGCCUUCAGUAGGUGAUGUGAGUUACAGGAGUUAGUUACAUGAGGAAUUGAGCGGGAGGUGUACAAACAACUUGAGAAAUCACUAAAUCAUCAAAUCUAUCGAUUUUUUUAUACAUCAACUGGACUGCUAUCGUUAAAAAACUCAGUUUUUAAUAUUCAUUCAUAGUGAAACGAAAGAGAAUGGUCGAACUGAUUUUGGUUGGAGGAUAGUUUUGAAUACUGAGCGGGUAGAAUAGGCAGUGAAAGUCAGUGGGUAAUUCUCAGUGAAGAGUAACUGACCCCUUCGCGUUUUUCAAAUCACUUGCGGAUGCGUGACAGGCAGGACAAAUCUGGAGGAAGAGCUCUCUUCAAACGAUUGUCGAUAACAUACCAAGGGGACCUGGAGUUUGGUCUAAGGGUGUGAUAUCCUAUGUACUGUUCAUAUGAUAGCACACAAAACGAAGAAAGUUCUAGUCACCCUUCAAUGCAAUGGCAACCCUUGUGGUAUGUCAUGUGUUCAUAAAUGAACUUUUACCGUUAGCCUUUAUCCUGAAGUUGGGCGUUGGACAACUUGUGAGAAGUUCUUGUAGUUCUUUCUCUAAUAUAUCUUUCUUCCAUUGUCCUGACUUGCAUUGUUAUUUCCAUCGACGUAGGCUUCCUAACAUUGAGCUUUUUUUCUCCAGUAUCCCCUCCCUGAGCUUGUCGUCAUUCACCAGCUGCAACAGACCCUUGAUGACGUGUUAUCUCUGGAAGACUAUAUCAAACAGGUACAUAUCGAUCGAAUACCGCGGACUUUACUAUUCACUUUACUGGUGGUUUUCUCUAAUAACCGUAUUUGAUGUGUCUCUAGGAAGUGAAUGUGAGAAAGUUAACAGUGUCGUCAGACAAAAACAGGUUUGGGGUUCAACUCAAAGCUGAGCCUGAUAACCAGACAUUGGGGCGCAGAUUGAAAGGUGCCUUCAAAGAAGUGUCUCAGGCAAUUAAAGGUAUCUUAUAGCUUGACAAGUUUGUUUGUUUAUGUGAAAGUAUAUUUAAUUGAUCGUUAGUCAGUAGAAGCUAUUAAUUAAUGCCACUUUAAAUAUUUUUGUAGGUCUUUCAGACCAGGAAAUACAAGUGUUUAAAGAGAAAGGAGAGCUGAUGGUGGCUGGGCACUUACUGAGUGGAACAGAUUUAAGGGUGACGAACUAAUCAAUUUUUAUAGUUCGCGGAGUCAAGAGAGAUUGUUCCUAUUCAUACCCACCAUGCAAUUGUAACAACUAUUUGUCUCGGUUGUUAGGUGAUAUACUCAUUUGAUCAGAAUGGAUCAGCGCCAUCAGCAUAUGAAGCAUACUCUGAUGGAGAGGUUAGCGCUGAUUACUUUUAGCGAUUUUUAAUUGAGUAUCGAAAGUAAUCUUGGAUUGCUUUGGUUUUGCUUUACUUCCCUUUGUGAUUGGUCCAGAAAACUCGUGCCACCGACCAUCUCAACCAAUCAAUUGCAGAACUUAAACCAAUUCCGUACCUCCGUGCUUCAACUAUUAAGCAAUUGUAGAAGUUAAAUGAGAUGGAAAGAUACCAUACUGCCAUUGUUGCAAUGAUAUCAUGAUUUCCUUCAUGCCAUCUCAUCCGUGCUAAUAUGACUGGAGAGUUCAAUGAUUCCUGUAAACUGAAGUACAAGCUCUUACCUGACAGACUCAUUUAGUUAGUGCCACCGUUUGUUUUAGACAUGAGUAACGUGCACGUUUUGUUGUCAUCAAGGUACUUGCUCUUUUGGAUAUCACCCCGGAUCAGUCUUUGCUCUCUGAGGGUGUGGCACGGGAAGUGGUCAAUCGAAUUCAGAAACUGCGGAAAAAGGCAAGUGCAGCAAGUCUCAGUGACACCUUGACUUCUGGCUUUUUAGUGUGAUUUGUCGGAACUGUCGGCCAAUUUCCAUCUUAAACCUGAAUACGCAGCAAAGGUGAAACACCUAUUUCUUCCGUUUCUUGCCCCUAAAUAGCUACCAGGUUGUAGCUCUUAAACUUUUUACGGUGGCCAAUUAACGUUAUCAACUCAGUUGAUAAUGCUAAAUUACCCUGUUAUACUCUCUCACCGACGCAGCACCACAGCCUCUUUAGAAACUCAUCCCCUUUAUUCAUCUGCUAGAUUCCCUUACGCUUUAAGAAAAAUUAGAAAAAUUAGAAAAUUCCGUUACCGCGAUCGGCAGGAAAUAUUUACCCGAAUUUAAAUCUAAAAUUAGCUAUUUCUAACUCACUUCGCAUUCGCGAACCACUUUUUAUUCCCUCACUGGGACAUAAUGUGACUUAGAACACAACUCGAGAGUGUCCCUUGGUAGGUUUUGUUGAGGUGUGAACUUGUGAUCCCACAAAUCGUGGCUGACUUCUUACCGUUAUCAUCUCGUUAGGCUCAACUUCAGCCAUGCGACGACAUCACUAUUGUGUUUGACGUUACACAAGGCAUGUUAGAUGACGUCAUCAGUGAACACAAAGGUUACAUUGAAGAUAGUGUUAAGCAACCUGUUGUAUCCAGUUCUCUCGCACCGAGCUUGCCUCUAAUAAUUUCCGAGAAAACAGAGGUAUGUAUGACGCAUCUGCCUGAAGAGUAUUGACGAAAUUUGAUCUAAUUGUUCAUGAAAUUAAUUUUACAAAAAAUUUCAAUUUUUGGGGUUCUAUGGAACAACAACAAAACACGUAGAAAGCUUGUGAAUCAGUAAGCAAUCAGCGUAUGGUCCCUAGAGUUAUGUUACGUUGGCUUGAAGUUGCUUAGCGAGUGUAGGCUUAGAAUAUCCAAAUAGUAUUGUGGCGAGUAUCCAAAAUUUAAGGAUACGGUCUUUCCGAGCUUUCUGCUAGCGUCUGAUUCAUAAACUAAUGACCAACUUUUUGCAUACUGACAAGUGCCCUGAGUCUCUUACUUAGGGUGACCACACUGCAUAGAUGAUUUAGGGGCCCUCCCAUCCAAUAAAAAAUACAUGAUGAUUAUGCCAACUGCAUAGACUAUCUUUUAAGCUUUAUUUAAGAAUUUAAUUCCGUCUUAACCGAUAAUCACUCGAAAUCGAUUACGAACCGACAGUAAUGAAGUUUUUUUUUUGAGCUGCGAGCUGUGUGGAAAAUUCCUUAGUACCUGACCUCGCAACAGCUGACUGCUUAAACAGGACUCAGAAUGGCCCUCAGAGGACAGGAAUCGUCGACUGUAAAAUACCCUGCAACUCUCUUUUUGAAAUGUGGGCACCCAGUAUUUUCCCUAAACCAGUGUGCUUGUCAGGUUUGGUUUUGUUUCGUUUCAUUUGCCUUUAUUCUCAUUUCCAUGGUCAAUUUUAGGUUAAAGGUAGUAUGCUUGAUCUGAAGUUGUUGAAAGGUCAUCAGACUGCAAACAAGGAAAUGACUGUUGGAGAACCGCUGUGCAAAUUUGUAAACGUACUGCUGUGUAGAGGUGGAGCUGGGGUAGUUAAGGGAACUGUGCUUUUGGAGAAUCCUCAGGGCAACCCGGUCAUUUCAUUGGAUCAACUUAAGCGACAGGUACUCUUGAUUGCCGUUUUUUUAUCAUGGUGUGGGCCCUUCUGCUGGGUUGAAGGAGGUUCCCUCAAACAGGUUAUGACGAAGGUGGAAUAGACAGUCGUUCUGAAGCUGCACAAGGUGCUUAGAGUUGUUUGACUGUUCGAUACAACAUUUUACUCUUCUUACCAUCGAACCAAAACUAUUACACUUGUCCUUGUUAAAUACUUGUUUAAUCGUAGUUUAUUUUCUGUUCACUACUCUCUUAUUGUUUGUUGUCUCGUAAUCUGUUAAGCCCGUCUAUUGGAAGGAUACUUCAUUACCGCUCUAUUUACCAUGUUUGAAUGCUUUCAAAACAGGUAGCCGUAAUGUUUAAUCAACAGGAGAGUGCUUUGAAACUGUCUUUGUCGCCAAAAUGUGAAUCAGGUUAGUUCAUAUAUCAACAAUUCAUACUCUGACUGUAAUGUCUGUCCUGUCUUAGUACAAUCCACUUUCCUACUUGUUUUGCUUUUCGUGGUUUAAAUAGCGAUGUUUGAGUGAAAAUUCACUGAGCAAAAAGAAGAAAUAGUCAACAAUUAUUCACUGAAAAGGAGGUAGUUAUCUAGACUUUUCACUGACACUGACGUGGAUAAUUGUUUUUUGAAUAUACCACACAAGAACCAAAAAAUUAGCCAAACUAGCCAAUUGGCGUGCGCGAAAAGUAUUACUCACCGUGUGAUAUAUAUUAAUGCAGUCCAUAUUCUACUUUCUUACUAUACUAAGUGUGUAGUUUAACGUUAUUUUAUCAUUUUCUUUCAGUUGUUACCGACAAAGACAUGUCCAAAUUACAUGGCUCUCAAUUGUACGCUUACGUCACAGGCUGAGUUCGUUUAGUGUAUUUCUGUUGGCGUCAACACCUGACAGCUAAUUUUCCCGAGUCACCAUCUGUUAAUUUUUUUCACCUGCAUUAGGCCCAAUAGUGUUUUGAAUGAAAGUAAAGGUUGAUGUCCAUGACAUUUUUGUCAUGUAAAUUGUCCCACUCAAAACCUUUUUCUUUCAACAAUAUCCUAAAAUUGCCUUUCUAGAGAAUCGCGAGAAUGUAGUUUAAAUUUGAUAAAUUAUCUUCUCUUUGAUAAAAGCAAACACGUGAACACAAAUUUAACAAAAAAAACACGUGUAUUAAUUACUGUUCCCUUCUAAAAGAAAAUUAAAUAGCUAAACAGCACGGUGCAUGUGCCAACGAUGAUGGAACCACAUUCUUUCCAUGGAAAUAAACAAGAGGAGAAGAACUAUCUUGUGCGAAAUUUUUCCGUUUGAGAUUUCGUUUAACAAAUAUGACGGC